AGGAGCGAAAGAGACACAGCAGAAGAGUGAGUGACUGAGACCAAGAAAAGGAGAGUGAGAGAAAGAGGAGUGCCAUCUUAAUCCUAAGUGAGACUUAAUUGUAGUGUGGUGCGAUGGCGUCGUUCGCUCUGGAGCUAGUGGGUGGGAUCCUGUCAGUGCUGGGCUGGAUACUGAGCGUAGUGAGCUGUGCUCUGCCCAUGUGGAGGGUCUCAGCCGUCAUCGGAACCAACAUCAUCACAGCCCAGGUCUACUGGGAAGGUUUAUGGAUGAGCUGUGUGGUUCAGAGCACAGGCCAGAUGCAGUGUAAGGUGUACAACUCCAUGCUGGCCUUGCCCCAGGACCUGAAGGCUGCCAGAGCUCUCUCUGUGGUCACCAUCAUCCUGGGGGUCUUAGCUCUCCUCGUGGCGACCAUCGGAGCCAAGUGUGCCAACUGCAUCGAGGAGGAGGGAGUGAAGGCCAAGGUGAUGGUGUCUGCCGGAGCUGCCUUUAUCCUGGCUUCGCUGGCCCAGCUGGUGCCUGUGUCCUGGUCAGCCCACCCCAUCAUCUUGGAGUUCUACAACCCUAUCAUCCCCUCGGCACAGAAGAUGGAGAUCGGGGCAGCCAUGUCGAUGGGCAUGGAGAUCGUGGGAAUUGCCCUGGGUGUCAUAGGAUUCAUCCUGGGCAUCGUGGUCUGUGCUUUGCCCUUGUGGAAGGUGACAGCCUAUAUCGGAGCCAACAUUAUCACAUCCCAGACCAUAUGGGAGGGCCUGUGGAUGAACUGUGUGACCCAGAGCACGGGGCAGAUGCAGUGUAAGGUCUACGACUCCCUCAUGGCCUUGCCCCAGGACCUGCAGGCCGCCAGAGCCAUGACAAUCAUCGCAAUCAUCCUGGGGAUUCUAGGGGUGAUGGUCUCCAUCGUCGGAGCCAAGUGCACCAACUGCAUCGAUGAUGAACCCUCCAAAGCUAAAGUCAUGAUCAUCUCUGGAAUCUUCUUCAUCCUGGCCGGGAUCCUAGUCCUCAUCCCUGUCUCCUGGUCGGCCAGCACCAUCAUCCAAGGCUUCUACAACCCCCUUCUGAUCAACGCACAGAAGAGGGAGCUGGGGGCCUCUCUCUACAUUGGCUGGGGGGCCGCAGCCCUGCUACUGAUCGGAGGGGCCAUGCUGUGCAGCUCCUGCCCCCCCAGGGAGGAGAAGAGGUACAAGCCCCCCGGCAUGGCCUACUCCGCCCCUCGCAGCGGGGGCACAGCGGGAUACGGCAGGAAGGACUACGUCUGAGAGAGACUUCUUCACCUGCCUAAUUGAAUGGAGGGAAGAAAAAAUGAAGGAAAAGAAGAGGAGAGGUAUCGCUAUCCUGAACAUUAGCGUGUUUGUUUGCUGUCUGACACAAAAACUAGGAGAAGAAUCUCCUAGAAAGACUCCUACAUGAAGGAAUGUGUGCUUUACUGUUACUUCUUGGCUUUUCCUCCCCUGCGCAUUUCUAUUUAGUUUCAUUGUUCAGCUUUAUAGUGUGCAGGCUUGUGUGACGUAUGGUAGAGGCUCUUAGAUCGAGAUACUGUACAUACAGUGGGGGGAAAAAGUAUUUCAUCCCCUGUUGAUUUUGUACGUUUGCCCACUGAAAAAGAAAGGAUCAGUCUAUAAUUUUAAUGGUAGGUUUAUUUGAAC